AUGGUUUCCCCACGUGCCAAGGUCGGAGCCUCGCGCUCGGCCAAAUCCUCCAACCCCACGCAUCGCGGCUAUACGUCACUGCAGAAUCCAACGAUCGAACACUCAACCUCAGAGAGCAAUCGGGAACAAAAGGAUGAAUUGGAUACUCCUUCAAGUGGAGAUGAAUGCUCUGAGCAGGUUUAUACAAAACUUCUACCUUUAAAACACGAUAAGGCGCGAGAUCCACGACCCUCGGAUUCCAAAGCAAAUGACCGGAUUCUGACUUCCAUCAAUGUCCCCGAUGACGAGCGUGAUAUUUCAAAGCACAUUAACAAGCUUCUCGAGGUGGAUCACACUGCGCUGUCGGACUCACUCGCCACAGAUUUGGAGGAGGGAUACUCGGGCAGAGACUAUCUGGUUCUUAGUGAUCGAGAUAGUGACGACCAUGGCAUCCCACCGGACAAGGGCUGGUUGCUAAAAGACAAAGAGAACGAAUAUGAGAAGAAAGGCAUGGACUGGAGGUCACUGUUCCGUCUGCAUUCGUGGUGGAAUAUUGUCGGCGCGUUGACAAUCGCCCUUCUGGUAGUCUGGCUUUCGAUCAAGGGACUACCCUGGUCCUCUGCCGGAGCUGCCUUUGAUGAAUAUCAAGCGGUUCCCUGGUACCCUACUCCCCUUGGCGGAACGAGUGAACAAUGGAAGGAAAGUUAUAUCAAGGCCCAACACAUGGUCAAAGAAAUGACUCUUGCCGAAAAAGUGAACGUCACAACCGGAACAGGAUGGCAAAUGGGACUCUGUGUUGGAAAUACUGGACCUGCUGAACACGUCAAAUUCCCUUCUCUUUGCCUACAAGACGGCCCACUUGGACUCCGAUUCGUGCAAAACAUUACAGCCUUCCCCGCAGGAAUCACCACGGGUGCGACAUGGAACCGUGAGCUUAUGCAGAAGAGGGGCUAUGCUCUUGGAAAGGAAGCGCGGCUGAAAGGCGUGAACAUCAUUCUCGGUCCAUCCAUGGGGCCGCUCGGCAUGAUGCCUGCUGGUGGUCGUAAUUGGGAGGCAUUUGGUUCAGAUCCGGUUUUGCAAGGCGUGGCUGCGGCAGAGACCAUUCGCGGUAUCCAGCGGAACGGGGUCAUGGCGACGGCGAAACAUUUUAUUGGGAAUGAACAAGAACACUUCCGCCAGUCGUUUGAAUGGGGUACUCCAACUGCACUCUCGUCGAAUAUUGAUGAUCGUGCCCUGCACGAGGUCUUUGCCUGGCCCUUCGCGGAGAGUGUACGUGCCGACGUGGCUAGUGUCAUGUGCUCCUACCAAAUGGUCAACAACAGCUAUGCUUGCGAGAAUAGUAAGCUCAUUAAUGGUAUUCUGAAAGAUGAGCUCGGCUUUCAGGGAUUCGUGCAGUCGGACUGGCUGGCUCAGCGCUCAGGCGUUCACAGCGCCAUUGGAGGCCUUGAUAUGAGCAUGCCCGGUGAUGGCCUCCAUUGGGUCGACGGUGUCCCGCUCUGGGGAAGUGAACUGACCCGUGCAGCGUUGAACACGUCUGUUCCCAUGGAGCGUUUGAACGAUAUGGUCACUCGUAUCGUGGCCGCCUGGUACCAUUUCCAACAGGACUCUUGGGAACCCCCAUCACCCGAGGGGGAUGGCGGUCCGAACUUCUCCUCCUGGACGAAAGAGCGAGUCGGACACUUACACGAAGGCUCACCGGAUAAUGACGCAACAGGCGUGGUCAACAAAUUUGUCGACGCACAAGGAACCGGCGAGCACGCUCAUUCCAUCGUUGCUCGCCGUAUCGCCGCAGAAGGCACUGUGCUUUUGAAAAAUGUCAACAAUACACUUCCACUCUUGCGUACACAGUCCGCAUCCGAUGGCAAAUACCGGGUCGGUGUAUACGGUGAAGACGCUGGUCCCGGCCAAGGACCGAACGCUUGCGCUGACCGAGGAUGUAAUCAAGGCACCUUGGCCUCUGGUUGGGGUAGCGGGGCUGUAGACUUCCCUUACUUGAUCAGUCCGUGGGAAGCACUGCAAAAUGCGUGGCCGAAAGACUCUGUGGAUGUGAAGGCUUACUUGACGAACAACGUUGCACCUCAAGACCUCGGAGCGCAGGACCUCUGUUUGGUUUUUGUCAACGCAGAUGGAGGCGAAGGAUUUAUCCGCAGUGACGGCAUUGACGCAGACAGAAAUGACCUCUUUCUGCAAAAGAACGGCACUCAGUUGGUAGAAGCGGCGGCCAAACACUGCGGCGGUGGCCAAGGGAGAACCGUGGUGAUUGUACACUCCAUUGGUCCUGUUGUAAUGGAGUCUUGGAUUAACCUUCCUGGUGUGCACGCUGUACUGUAUGCAAAUCUACCGGGGCAAGAAAGCGGGAAUGCAUUAAAGGACGUUCUGUUUGGAGAUGUCGAUGCCAGUGGACGACUACCAUAUACCAUCGGACGAAGCCUACAAGACUACGGCCCAGGGGCGCAAGUCCUGUAUAAGCACACAGACCCAUCCGUUCCACAGGUCAAUCUUGACCAGGGCCUGUACGUUGAUUACCGCUAUUUCGACAAGUUCAACAUCACUCCCCGAUUCGAGUUCGGCUUCGGUCUGUCCUACACAACCUUCGACUAUACUGCACUGAGCAUAGAAAAACUGCAGAAGAAGUCCCAAUGGCCUUCCAAACGGCCCAAAAACGAAGCCGACCCUCCCACAUACGAUGACAAACAGAGUGACCCUACUAGCAGUUUAUUCCCCCCCGGUUUCCGUGCACUCCGCAAAUAUAUCUAUCCAUACCUCGGGACCUUGGACGGAACCGAACCCGGCCCAUACCCAUACCCGGAAGGAUACAAGAAACAGCAGAAACCAUCCGCCGCAGGUGGCGGGCUGGGCGGGAAUCCCUCCCUAUACGAGGCUAUGCUCGAGCUCACCAUUCAAGUGACAAACACCGGCACACGCACAGGACAAGAUGUGAUCCAGGUCUAUGUCUCCUUCCCAGAAGAUGUCGCCGAGCACCGUGGACUGGGCUGGUCGCGCCAGUCGAUUGAGUUCCCUGAGCGGGUCCUGCGGAAUUUUUCCAAAGUCCUCCUGGAACCGGGUGAGACCAGAAAUGUCAAGAUGACACUGACUCGGAAGGACCUCAGCUUUUGGAGUGUUCGCGCGCAGAACUGGGUGUUGCCUACUGAAGGUAAAUUCCGUAUCUGGGCUGGGCGUAGUUCUAGGGAUCUACCACUCGUGGUCGAGUUUUGA